AUGAGUGAGUCAGACACUAGAUUUUGCUUUUUGGUUGAUUGGUAUGACCAGCAUGCUUCUAUGAUACGCCGUUAUCAGCUGUUGUUCUACCCAAAGGAUAAGUCUGUGGAAAUGUAUGAUUUCAAAAAACAUCGGAUCUUCCUGAAGCGUACUAAAUGUGAUCAUCUUACAAUGAAUGAUCUGUACAUAGGCAGCAUGAUUAAUAUCUUCUCUCGGCAACUCACAGUUAUUGACUAUGGAGAUGAUUAUUCAAGGGAAGCUCUGGGCACUCGUACAGAGAAAACUCUUGCUUUGCUAACAUCAGAAGCUUUUCCCAAAAUGGGUGAAAUUAUCAACCUUCUCCAAGAUAAGAAAUUUCGAAUCACAAAAAUGAAAAUGUGUGAAGUCACACCUAAAGAAGCUAUCAAUCAACAAGAGAUUAUAGAUUACAUCUCUAAAGGGCCUGUACUUGCCAUGGAACUACUUGGAGAUAAUGCUAUUACAGCAUGGAAGGAAUUCAUUGGGUGUGAAGAAGAUAAAGAUAUUUCACCUUCUGCUCUUUCUUUAAUUGCAAGAUAUGAGAAUGAACACAUGAUUUUUGGUUCAUCUAGUGCGACAGAAGCUGCUAGACAGCUCGAAUUCUUUUUUCCUACUUCAAGCUCUCUACGUAAGAAUACAGCCAUAAUGGAAGAUUGUACAUGCUGUGUAAUUAAGCCACAUGCAGUUGCUGAAGGUUUAACUGGGAACAUUUUGAAUGCUGUUCUGGAUGCUGGCUUUCAGAUUACAGCUAUACAAAUGUUUUAUCUUGAACGAGCAAAUGCAGAAGAAUUCUUUGAAGUCUAUAAAGGGGUUGUCCCUGAAUAUAUGUCUAUGGUCAGUGAAAUGAUUUCUGGGCCUUGCAUUGCUAUUGCAAUACGUGCACAAGAUGCCCCAAAAGCAUUUCGUGAUUUUUCUGGCCCUGCUGAUCCUGAAAUAGCUUGUCAUCUCCGUCCGCGAUCAUUACGAGCUUUGUAUGGAAAAACUAAAAUAAAAAAUGCUGUUCAUUGUACUGAUCUUCCCACUGAUGGGCUACUAGAAGUGGAAUAUUUCUUCAAGAUCCUUGACCAAUGA